UAUAAACAAACACUUCUCUCUCCUUCUUCACUGCAAAACAACAUCACCAUGGAUCCAAACUCACACAAACCUCUCCACAUCUACUUUCUUCCGAUGAUGGCCCCCGGCCACAUGAUCCCCGCCGUACACAUCGCCCGGGGAUUCGCCCGCUGCGGGGCCAAAUCCACCAUCAUCACCACGCCCUCAAACGCAUCCAAAUUCUCCGAGACCAUCGAAGCCGACCGCAGAAACGGCUCCGACAUCUCCGUCUCCCUCGUCAAAUUCCCCUGCCGCGAAGCCGGUCUCCCCGACGGCUGCGAGGAUCUCUCCUCCACCACCACUCUCGAGAUGUCCCACAACUUCCUCCAUGCCCUCGACCUCUUCCGCCGCCCGGUCGAGGACAUCCUACAGCAAGGAGACCCCGACUGCCUCAUCUCCGGCGCCUUCUUCUCCUGGAGCACCGCCGUCGCGCGCAGCCUCGGCAUCCCCCGGGUCGUAUUCUACGGCACAGGAUUUUUUCCCAUGUGCGUUUUCCGCCUCUUGAGGGAAAAACGCCCUCAAGACGCGGUUGCCUCGGACUCUGAAGAGUUCGAGGUCCCUGGCCUACCCGACCGGGUGAUGGUUUCGAGGAAGCAGCUGCCGCACUACUUAAAGUUGAAAGCAACCGAAGAUGAUCCGCUUCUAGAACUUAUUAGAAAGGUUCUAGAAGCGGAUGAGGCCGGCUUCGGGAUCGUGGUGAACACAUUCCAUGAGCUGGAGCCGGCCUAUGCCGCGCAUUACCUGAAACACACCGGUAAAGCGUGGCAUAUCGGCCCAGUCUCUCUCAUCAGCGGGGGGAACGGGCCGGAGAGCCACGACUGCACGAAGUGGCUCGGAUCCAGAAAACCAAACUCGGUUGUGUACGUCUGCUUCGGCAGCAUGGCGAUCGUCCAGAAGCCGCAGACGGACCAGAUCGCGGCCGCGCUCGAGGAUACCGGGCAAGAUUUCGUAUGGGUGGUGGGGAAGGAGGCGGAGGUGGAUGAGAAGUUCGAGGCGAGGACGGAGGGGCGGGGGAUGGUCAUACGGGGAUGGGCCCCGCAGGUACAGAUACUGAGCCACGCCGCAGUGGGAGGAUUUGUGACGCACUGUGGGUGGAACUCGCUGAUGGAGGGGGUGGCGGCGGGGGUGCCGAUGGUGACGUGGCCGCUUUCGGCGGAGCAGUUUUUUAAUGAGAAGCUGGUGGUGGAGGUGCUGGGGACGGGGGUGCCGGUGGGGGCGGAGGAGUGGAGCAAGCGGAUGGACGAGAGGGCCGCGAUCGGGCGGGAGAAGAUAGCGAGAGCCGUGGGGAGGCUGAUGGUUGGGGAGGAAGGAGAGAGGAUGAGAAGGAGAGCGAGGGAGUUGGGGGAGGUGGCGAGAAGGGCGGUUGAAGAAGGUGGCUCUUCAUAUGCUGAUUUUGAUUGUUUGAUGGAAGAAAUUAGGAUGUUUAGAGCUUCAUCAUCAUGAUGUUUGUUGAUUAUCAGUUUUUGCAUAUAAUUUGUUGCAAUUUGAAUGUAUGUUUGAAGUGUACUAGUAUGUGAUUUGGAGGGAAAUUGAUGAUAGUAAUUGAUUUAGAAUGCAAAGGCUAAAAUCUUUAACUUUGAAAA